AUGUACGUUGUCUUUCCACUUAUGCUAAUGAAACAGAGGAUAUUCUCAUAUACGACGAAACGUGACCGCUUCUUCAUCACCAUCUCGACCUUUGGUGCAAUCAUUUGCGGACUCACCUACCCAGCAAUGACUAUCGUUUUUGGCAAUCUCGUUGGUCAUAUUACCUCUACCAACUUUACUGGAGAGGAUGCGGGUCAGGUCAAGACUUUUCUGACUGGGGUCAUCAAUCAAGCCGUGCUCUACUUCGUCUAUCUCUUUGGUAUUCGUUUUGUGUCUGGAUACAUCGCCACACUAGGAUUCAACGUCAUGAGUAUACGCGUCUCGUCAACUUUGAGGUUGGCAUACAUGAAAGCCCUUUUGAGCCAGCGAGUAUCAUUGUUGGACACACAGCCUCCUGGUCAACUAGCUGCAAUAAUCACUAGCACUUCCAACGCGCUUCAAGCAGGAAUCUCUGAGAAAUUCGCUCUUUUAAUCCAAAGUAUUGCGCUCGUGGUCGGUGCAAUGAUCAAUGCUUAUCUUCACAGUUGGAAGCUGGCUCUCGUCACCUGCAGUGGGCUUCUGUUGAUCAUCCUCACCUAUUGUGUCACAACUCCAUUUGUCGUCAAGAACCAGAAGCAGGUAGAACAGAUGAACAUUAAGGCUUCCGGAGUGUCCAGUGAAGCUUUCGGGGCAAUGCGCAUGAUUGCGGCAUGUGGCGCCGAGGGGAAAGUGGUAAAUAAGUAUGAAGGCUGGGUUUCGAAGGCACGGAAGAUCGGAAUGCGGUUAUCCAAAAUCGUGGCAGUUCAAAAGGGAACAGUGUUUUUCAGCGUCAUUGGAACAUUUGCAGUUUCGUGUUGGUUUGCAGCGAGAAUGAUCGUGGCUGGAGAGAUCCCAAACAGCAGCAUCCUUAUCAUGGUCCUCAUGAGCAUCAUGAUGACCAUUAAUGCUCUAAGCAAUAUAGCGCAACCCGUAGCUGCUGCGUCCCGAGCCGCGCACGCUGCGAGGACUUUGUUCAAUGGCCUCGAUGCGCCCAAGCCCAAGACGACGGGGAAGAAGGCCCCGGAUGUCAGUGCCACAGAAAGGCUCGUCUUGUGGAAUGUGAACUUCACAUACCCAUCCCGCCCUAAACAGAAGAUUCUGGACCAGUUUAAACUGGUUAUCCCCGCAGGUAAAGUAACCGCAAUUGUCGGCCCAUCUGGUUCCGGAAAAAGUACAAUCGUCAGCCUAAUCGAAAGAUGGUAUGAGUUGGACGGUGCUGUCACUGGCAACAAGCUGGUGCAAUACUUUCGAAACGGCAAAGUGGCAUGCGGUGGUGUCCCGCUACACGAGAUUGACAUGAAAUGGUGGAGAUCCCAAAUUGGUCUUGUGCAACAAGAACCAUUCCUAUUCAACGACACCAUUUACACGAACGUCUCAUACGGACUGAUCGGAACGGAAUGGGAAGAUGCGGAGGAAGAAAAGAAAAGAGAGUUGGUAAAGCAAGCCUGUGCGGAAGCUUUCGCGGACGAGUUCAUUUCACGGCUUCCCGAUGGUUAUGAUACACUAGUUGGUGAUUCUGGUGGUAAAUUAAGUGGAGGUCAGCGACAACGACUUGCGAUUGCUCGAGCUAUAGUGAAAAAACCCAAGAUUCUCAUCCUAGACGAAGCGACAAGUGCUAUCGACGUACAGGGGGAGAAAGUAGUCCAAGCCGCUUUGGAUAAGGUCUCCCAAGGACGAACUACAAUUGUCAUAGCCCACAGACUUUCAACUGUCAAGAACGCGGAUACAAUUGUUGUGAUGAGCAAAGGCAAGGUCGCACAAUGGGGAAAGCACAAACAAUUGAUGGCGAAGAAAAGCGGCCCUUACUACCUCUUGUCACAAGCCCAGAAGUUGACAAGCGGUGAAUCUCAAGAUGCUGCCCUAGAUAAUUCUUCCGACACGGCAGUCUCUGAGGAUGGGAGAUGCACCAAGGAUCUCACGGGGAAACAUAAGGGCGAGGAAGAUGUACGCCCAGCUAGUGAGACUUGUGAUGACGAUGACGAUAACGGCAACGAUAUCGAGUAUGAGUCUAAGAAGCUGACUAAAGUUUUUGGACCGCUGUUGUUGGAGCAGAGGAAGCAUUGGAUAUGGUAUUGCAUCAUGUUCUUUGGUGCUGUCAUGGCCGGAGCAAGUGCGCCGCUUCAGGCUUACCUCUUUGCUGCUCUACUUUCAUCUUUCAACACAUUGGGGCCAUAUCUAUUAAUACUGACCAAUUUUUGGUGUUUAAUGUUUGUUAUCCUGGCAGGCAGUGUCGGCAUUGGUUAUUUCGCGUUGACGUUUGCCGCCACUCGAAUCGCCUUUAUGAUUACAACGAGUUAUCAGCUUGACUAUUUUGGAAGCAUGAUUCUUAAACCAAUCUCCUGGUUUGACAAGGAGGAAGAAAAGGAAGGAACUCUCACGCAACGUUUAGCAGCCGACGCCACGGCGCUUCAACAACUGCUUGGCAACAAUCUGGCUUUCAUCGUGAUUGCUAUUUUGAGCAUAGCCGGUUGCUUAGCAAUAGCUUUCUACUUUGGCUGGAAAUUGACCGCGAUCUCUUUGGCCGCAGCCAUGCCUUUGGCAAUCGCCGCUGGUUUCUUCCGUUCGCGAAUUGAGAAGAAGUUUCAGAAGAUGAACACCAAAGUCUUCGCCGAAAGCGCCAGAUUCGCCACGGAAUCUAUGGGCGCCAUCCGAACUGUCACUGCUUUGACUCUAGAAGAUACGAUCUGUCAGCGCUACGAGAAGAUGUUGACGAACCACCUGCACGUGGCGUACCGAAAAGCCCGUCUUGCAACGAUCAUAUUCGCAGCCAGCGACGCUGUACCUCUGCUUUGCAUGGCCUUCAUCCUGUGGUAUGGAGGAGGUCUCUUGGUUAGCGGAGAGUAUAUCUCCUUCCAAUAUUUAGUCGUGUACCUGGCCGUCGUCCAAGGUGCGCAAGGUGUCGGGCAAUGGCUGAGUUUCGUCCCGAAUCUUGGUGCAGCGAAACUUGCAGCUGCUCGUAUUCAAGAAGUACGGGUCAGGGAAAUCGAUCCGGACAAAGGGCUCAAGCUGGGCGAUGCCGCCUUGGAGUUUAACGAGAAGCAUGAAAUAAUGGGUCCGGAGAUUGCGUUUCAGAAUGUAUGGUUCAAGUAUCCCACUCGGGAUGUGCCAGUCCUUUGUGGGAUGAAUAUGACGAUAGAAAAAGGCCAAUUUGCUGCUAUUGUCGGACCAUCUGCAGGAUGCGGGAAAACUAGCAUCAUCUCGAUUAUCGAAAGAUUCUACGGCACCAAAUCAGGACAAGUUUCCAUGAACGGGGUCGAUAUCCGCGACAUAAACAUACAAGAUUACCGAAAAACCAUGUCACUGGUAGCUCAAGAGCCCUUCAUGUUCCAGGGCACCAUCCGCGAGAACAUUCUCUUUGGUGUCGAACCUGAGAAAAUCUGCAGCUGCGACCACAAUCUUCAUGAAGCAUGUCGCGACGCCGAAAUCCAUGACUUCAUUAUGUCUCUCCCAGAAGGCUAUAACACGCGGGUGGGAUUCAAGGGUAUUCUGCUGUCUGGCGGCCAGAAGCAGCGCAUGUCCAUUGCAAGAGCUCUGAUCAGAAAUCCGAGACUACUUCUUCUAGACGAGGCGACUUCUGCCCUCGACUCGGAAACCGAGAAGCUGGUCGAGGGCGUUUUUGAGCGGACUAAGAAGUCCAGAACCAUGGUGGUCGUGGCCCACAGGUUGGCAACAAUUCAAAAUGCUGACAUUAUCUUUGUCCUCGGCGACGGAAAGGUUGUCGAAAGUGGGACGCAUGCGCAGCUGCUCGCGAAGAAAGGCGUUUACUGGAGCAUGUGCCAAGCCCAGUCGCUGGAAUAA